CUUUGUUGAAGAUCAGCGUUAGCCUGGCUGACUGAUGUAAAUAUCUUCAUGUCUCGCGGAGACCAUCUUCGAUCAAAGUGCCUCAGAUUGAGGGCUUAAAUGAAUCGGGCGUCCCCGAUGUGAGCUUUGCUCACUUUCUGCUGAAACCAAUGUGCAAUCGGUGUACCCAAUUCGAUUGGGCUCAGACUUAUUAGAAAAUAUGUGUAAGACCGGUGUGAGACCAGUGUACCAGUUCGACUGGGUCACAUAUUUUCUUUAUUAUACUGAGCAAGACCGGUGUAGUAACCAGCGUGCCAGGCCAGGCCUGUGUCUCAGUCUUCCAAUAAGAUAAUGCUGCUGGCCGGGCCAAAUCAACAUUGGAGAAUUAACCAUGUCGGAUGGUUUCGAGCCCUCUCCAAGGCCCAAAAUGCACCCUUCUUCCAGGGCCCCCUCUUCCGGGUGAUUAAGUCUUUUAAUGGCCCUUUGAUAUUUACUAUCCCGGGAAGACCUUAGCUCACCCCCCGUUCAAGUCUUCCCUGAGAAUGGGGAAAUAGGAUGCGCCACGGUGGACGAUCCCUUUCUAUUUCUUUUAAUGGGCAUCUUUUAGUCCCCAAUCAAUUUGACGGCACCGGCUGAUUCCCCGAUACCGGUCAAACCUCAUGGGCCCGUGUAAGUACGGUUCGAACCUUCUUCCAGGUCCAGCCCUCUUGCAGGCAUACCCUCUUCCGGGCCCCUCUUCCGGGUUUAUUAUUUUUUUAUUUUAUACUGAGCAAGACCGNCCCCCCGUUCAAGUCUUCCCUGAGAAGGGGGAAAUAGGAUGCGCCACGGUGGACGAUCCCUUUCUAUUUCUUUUAAUGGGCAUCUUUUAGUCCCCAAUCAAUUUGACGGCACCGGCUGAUUCCCCGAUACCGGUCAAACCUCAUGGGCCCGUGUAAGUACGGUUCGAACCUUCUUCCAGGUCCAGCCCUCUUGCAGGCAUACCCUCUUCCGGGCCCCUCUUCCGGGUUUAUUAUUUUUUUAUUUUAUACUGAGCAAGACCGGUGUAGUAACCGGCGUGCCAGGUUCGGGCCUGUGUCUCAGUCUUCCUUUCCCAUUUUUGUAACCGUAUGAAACAAAAAAGGAUGCAAUUAUUUGAAGGUGAACUUCAUGCAAUGAUUUGUGGGACCAAGAUAAUGGCAUGUCUUGUACUUUUCCCAAUUUCCAUGUGAAUUCUUCGUCCACUCGAUUUGGAUGCUUUUAAAAUCAAGUGCCCCCUUCUUUUCAUUAAUUAAUGGUGGGCCCAUAUCUUUGUUAAGAAUAAGGCAUUCACGUGCUUGAAUUUGUCCAGCAUACUUUAACUCUUUGCUCUCACACUUUUCUUCUUUGGCAGUGAAAUCCAGCUGGUGCUUAUUGGCCAAGGGGAGAGGCACUAGGAAAAAGUUAAUAACCUUUCUGUACCCCAAUAAAGAGAACCCGGUGAGCUGAGUUUGCUCUCCUCUGCGCCGGUCCACUCCAUCACGGAACUACAGGACGCCGACGACGAGACGCCAACAUCGACGAGCUCUUCACCGUCCCGAGCAGUACCUUCUUCAUCAUCUUCGUCUCAGGCCCAAACCCGCAACUAUUCCCCGCUCUCCCGGCGGCGCGUGAGCGGCACUCGCCCUAGCCGCGACCUUCUUCCUUGAAUCUGAACAGCCAUUUAUGGCCGCCCCAGGAGACUAGAUAGUCUAGAUCGGGAACCCGUCCAUUCUGAUUCUCCUGGUGUCUCUGAAUUUCCACCUCAAAUGCUUGAUUUGGAGGACCCAUUUGCCGUCCACGUAGAAAUACGAUAUCGGGUCAUCGCCGGAGAUCCAGCUCUCUAUGCAUAUGUUUCAGUCCUUGCCGUGGCUAGAGGCCUUGGCCCCAGGAAUUUGUUCCCUAGUUUUGAAGUAGGCUUCUCUUUGGAGGUUUCCGGUGAGAAGGAUGAUUUUGCCGUUGACGACGUCAGCAAUGUAGAAUCCGGAUCUGGGUUCCAUUCUCAACCUGGACUUGGCUCUCUAAAGAUCCCGGAAGAUGUGGGCAUUCUUGAUUUUUCCGCCGCUGCGGAUUUGAAGCCUUUUGGACCCCUGCUUUUUCCAAAAGACGAGGGGCCUGAUGAGCGGCAGUGGCGGGUCUGAGAAACGACGGCGAUGGAUCUGAGCAGCGGCAGCAACGGCGGAUUUGAGUAGCGGUGACGGUAGGUUUGAGCAGCGGCGGCGAAUCUGAGCAGCGAUGGCAGCAAUCAACUUCCUCUAUUUGAUAAUGACUUUGGAUUUUUACCGCGGCUAUCCUCAUCGGAGGUUGCGAGGGUGGAUUGCAGCGGCGGUGGCUCCCGUCCCUGUGGCAAAAUGGUGGCUUUGAGAGAUCAAGGACAUCUAGCACCAUAGAAUCACGGUGGUGCUCCUCUGACCAUUCUUCCUAUUUUCUUCAAGAUCUCUCCCUCUUCUUGUUUUUUUGCAAAAUUCAAGAAAAGCUUCAUACUCUCCUCUUUUUUUUUGUUUCUCACACUUUCGGCUGUGCAAGAUGGCCGAACAAAGAUGAAGCUUUUUGUUCGGGUCCCACGGGUGGCGCCAAAAUGAUGGUGUAAAUUGUCGACCGGUAUAUCGUUUUUAACCGGUAAAAAACGAUAAACUAGUCUAAAAAACACACCAAAAUAUAAACACGGGGAUUUUUACGUGGAAACCCAAAUCGGGAGAAAACCACGUGCCUUUUUUGGCGGUACCUUGCCAACGGGGGAUUUUUAUUGAUAUAUGGGGGUGUGUACAUGGUACAAGAGUUGGACUUGGAAGCCAUUAAUGGAGAGAAUGUGGAGCUUCCAGCUCACUGAAAGAAAAAAGAAUAUAUAAUCUAGAGAGAGAAAGAAGAAUUGGGCAGGGAGAAGGGAUUAAU